ACCCGCAGAUCUCCACCGUCUACUUUUACUUCUUUCUGUUUUUUUUUGCUCCUCUCCUCGCUACGUUUCCUGCUUUUAACCCCUUUUUUUGAUUUAACACCCAGAACACACACGAGGACUUUCUCUCCGGAGCCGAUCGGAACCAGGCGGUGAUUUAUGGUUAAAGUUGGAUUUACAGCAGCAGCGGAGAGGAAAUUACUGUCCGACCGCCAGCUGCCGCUCAGAAGAUGAGCAGCGGUGAACUGCUGCAGGACUUCAGGGGGAAAUAAGAGGAUUCCCGGACUGUCAGCGGCAGUGUGGCGAGCGUAGAUAAGCCCCCUUAUGAGGUGAAAACCCCGUCCCCGUCCUGCAGUAACCUCUCCCAGCACCAACAGCAGGAAUAAGGGAUGUCACGGCUGUUCCUCCUUUUGGCAAUGCUCAUUGUCUGCUGCAGCGUCCAGGUGUCUCCCACCGCCACCCUGGAUAAGCUGAAGGAGAGCUGGAAGUUGUACAUGAUCGAGUGCGAGAACAACAACAGCCGAGAACCAGCGAGCACCGGUCUUGUGUGCAACAGGACUUUUGACAAUUACGCCUGCUGGCCGGACGGACUCCCGAACACCACGGUCAGCGUGUCGUGUCCGUGGUAUCUGCCCUGGCACCAUGAAGUUCGGCACGGCAUGGUGUAUCAGGAAUGUGACGCAAACGGCCAGUGGGUGACCAUGAAAAAUACCAGCGAGUGCGACUCUAGUGAUCCAAAUGAGCAGUAUUACAGUCAUAUUCGGGUCAUGUACACGGUGGGCUAUUCCUUAUCACUGGUGGCUUUGGUGUUGGCGCUUGGCAUCCUCAUAUUCUUCAGGAAGCUGCACUGCAUGAGGAACAACAUCCACAUGAACCUGUUCGCCUCCUUCAUUCUGCGAGCGCUGUCCAUCCUCAUUAAAGACGCUUUGCUGGAGGCCACCAACAUCACAUCGCAGGACCUCAGCAGGGACCAGGAGCAGGGGUUCCCCCAGGCGUCCAUGCCUCCAGUGGAGCUGUUGGUCAACAACGGGACGACGGUCAGCUGCCGCAUCGCCGUGGUGAUGAUGCAGUACAGCAUCAUGGCCAACAGCUACUGGCUGCUGGUGGAGGGCAUCUACCUCCACAACCUGCUGGUCAUCACCGUGUUCACAGAGAGGAACUACUUCAAGAUCUACCUGUGCAUCGGCUGGGGUACCCCGUUAAUAUUCCUCGUCCCCUGGGUGGCGUCUAAAUACCUGUAUGAAAACUACGAGUGCUGGGAGCAAAAUAUAAACAUGAACUUCUGGUGGAUCAUCCGAUCGCCGAUACUGCUGGCAGUUGUGAUCAACUUCCUCAUCUUCGUCCACAUCAUCAAAAUACUCGUGUCCAAACUGCGAGCGCACCAAAUGAGAUACACGGAUUACAAAUUCAGGUUGGCGAAGUCGACGCUGACUCUGAUCCCUCUGCUGGGAAUCCAUCAGGUGGUCUUCAUCUUCGUGACGGACGAGUCCACCAUGACCACCAUCGGGCUGCGUCUCACCAAGCUCUUCAUCGACCUCUUCUUCUCCUCCUUCCAGGGUCUCUUGGUGGCCAUCUUGUACUGCUUUGUCAACAAAGAAGUGCAGUCCGAGAUCCUGAAGAAGUGGAAGCGCUGGAAGCUCGGGAGGAACAUCGAGGAGGAGUACCGCCACACGUACAGCAAUACCCCAAACACCAAGAGUGGCAGCCUGAUGAACCACGUCCCUCGGCUGCCUCAUCUCCCGGACAUCGCCAAGUCCUCCACCCCGGCCUGCACGCCCGAGGAGCGGCACAUGCUUGUGGCCGGAUGCCACAACGGCGCGAUCCACAGUAAGGACGACGACCGGUGCUGCUCGCCACUGCACAAGGGAACCAUCAGCAACUGCACCGUGGUGGAGGACAUCGGCCUCAUGGACAAGGUGCAGUGUUACGAGGGCCAGCGGGAGAACGUGGAGAGCCACCUGUGACAGGCUCCUGUAAUGAGAACUUGAUGGAUAAAGUUGGAGGGUCGCUCGGCUCUCACGUGGCUCUGACACACUGCCCUGGGUGGCUGUGAGGAGCUGGGCUGAUAGAGUCAUCUGUCAGAGAGAUCAGCGUGACUGGGAGACUGAGCGGCACUCAGCACCUCUCCGCAGCCUGAGAGCGAACGCGGCGGACGUUCCACGCCGAAAAAUGUCUGAUGUGUGCUGUGAGCCUCGUGAGAGGACUUCUGUGGAUGUUUGUCGGAUACCGAGAGAAAACUGAUGCGUGCUGAGCAUCCCGAGACAGAUAAGCCAUGUAAAAUAACAAGAAAAACCUCAAACAACAGCGGCAACAAAUACAACAACAAAAAAAAACAGACACAGGGUUCCUCGCUCGAAGCCUCUGCUUUUAUUUGUGCUGUGUAUCAAAUGUGUGUUUUGUGGUACUGGAGCUUAAAGACAAACUGGACACUGAACUGCAUACAGACAAACACAGGUGACACAGGACCAGGUGUUAGCGAACAGAGUCGACGCGUCUUUCUUCUUCUUCUUUUGUCGCUUUGCUGUUUCUUUCACGAACAUGUACAGAUUUAGAAGAAGCUCUCUGCUGACUGUACCUCAGACGUGACGGUGACCACAGUGUUCUGUUUCGAUAUUGGCAGCUGAUCUCACCGGGUCAUUCCUGGCUCACAUGUACAGAAAACAAAAACAAAAAAAA